CCAAUUUGGCAACACUUGUCCCUACUUGCCCCUCCCUUACUUGUGCCGUUGCACUUUUGAUGUCAUUGCCAACUACACUCCAGUCCGGUAGGUGGCAGUAAAUGCCCCUUCAGUUGGUUUGCCAACCGCCAGUAAAACUUUAAAGAGGAAGAAUAAGAGUCUGGUGGUUUGUUGGAACGUGGGAUGCAAAGCGGAGGAGCGCCACCAAUUAUUGUAAUGAAGGUAAUCAAAGUUCUUCUGAAAGAAACUUUGCAUGCUAAAAGUUUAGAGCAGCGUGUUUUAACCAGCGUUCUGACAAGCUAAGCGAGCAAAAAUAGCUCUGCUAAUUAGCCAGCUAAUAUCAAAUUUCAGCGUUUCUCUAUAAAGCACAGAAUGCCAAAAAGCUAUAAUGUUCUCCACAAUAAGUACAUAAAUUAAAUGCUUAGAAUAAGUUUUUAGUAGGUCAUGUCAAGAGUAGGAUUCUCAAGCGUCAAUGAACAUCCACUGAACUUGAGUGAAAUGGAUAAAUUACCUCCUCGGCAUGCAUUCAAGAUUAAGAGUCCAGCUAAUGGAGUAGUUAUUUGAUUUGGGUGUGUUGUAGCAGAGAAAUGUCUAAAAUUGCCAGGAAACUGGCCCUCUGGGGCCAGUGUUUGAGACCAGUUGUUGGUUUGCAACAUUGCGUUAUGUAGGUUGCAAACAAGUAUUUUAAAACCGGUAGACUUAGUUUUUCCUAAAACAUUUCCAAUGUUAAAAUGACCAUUACUCAGAUAGAGGCCAAAUGUAUUCAAAUUUGUUUUUCAAAGUCAGGUGAAAAGAACUCUAUUGAAUUAACCAUAAUUUAGUCUAGGAGUUGUUCUCUAUUACACAGUGGGGAAAUAAACAUUCAACUCCCUCCUGAUUUGUAAGUUUGCUCACUCUCAAGAAAUAACCUCUCUCAUUUUGGAGAUAGUCAGAAUGUAAGUCAAAUUUUACAUGGCUUCAAAGUUACCCUGUUUUUGAGUGAAAUAAGCAUUUAAUACCCUACAGCUCAGUCUGAAUUACUUGCAUAUUGGUCAUGGGAUGAUUACCAAAACCCCGGAUCUCAACUCGUAGCACGCAUAAAGUGUGCGUGCCACAAAAUCAUAAUUUCUUCCAUCCACGUCUCUCCACCAUGACAGUCAAGAUCAAAGUUGUAUCAAAGCAUGCGAGAGAUAACGCAUGCAUUUUAUGUACAUGGAAUUUGGAAAGCAUAAAAACUUUGCGACCAUUGGUUUGACUCUGUAAAAGAUCUUGGAUUGAAGAGGAUCAAUACCAAGGUGAUGGAUCAGUCUACAAUUGCAAAGGAGGAGUGUGUUAACAAUCUCGGCACAAGUGGAACCACAGUUACCAAGAAUAUUGGAUGUGGUGCGGCGGAGUCUUCACAUCCAGGCCCAGCGGAAACGGCUGAUAGGCUGAGUUUCACCCCGACUGCACUGGGCCGUCUGAGCUGCUCGCGCCGUUCUACUGGAUGUGAAGUCUUUGUUGCUCCACCUUGUUCACAAUGAGUUCCUGUUCCUUUAAGGGAUCUCUCCAGCGUUCACCAUAGUCACGCUGCGCAGGAUCCAUAUUCAGAGAAAGUCCAGCGGUGGAGUAGGGAAAUACCAGAGCAGCUUUCCUCUCCUCUGGGUGCUGAGCAACUGGAAGGAACCCAACUGGACCUGUGAAGUAAGACUUUCAAACUACCCGCAUCUCGCCAUGAACACAGACAAGCAUCCUGAAGUCGCAUCCCCAGAGGAGGACGAAAUGGAAGCUUGCAGCGCGGCUGCCGAGGUGAACGCGCAGGAGGAGGAAGAGCAGAAGGAAGACGCCUCUGUCACUGUGAAUGGAAUACACUCGGAUGCUGUCAUGGAUGCACGCGUGAUAAAAACCGAAGCCGAGGAGACGGACGAUGCUGAGCACGCAGUGAUUAUGCCCAAAGAGGAAGCGGAGGGAGACAGCGAGGACGGGAUGGAAGAAGGCGUUGACGAGGACAGGACAGAGGAGGAUGACGAGCAGAGGGACGAGGAUGGCAUGAAUGAGCCGCAGGACCUGUCACUGGUCGACUACUCGCGCUACGAAGCGGCAUCCCUGCCAGACGGCCAAACGACAGGUGCGUUGGAUGAGGCUGCAGACGGGGGCUACGCGCCCGGAUCCACGGCACCCCGCAUUCCGACACAGGGGAAACUCAGCUGCGACAUCUGCGGUCUCUCCUGCAUCAGCAUUAAUGUGCUGCUAGUGCACAAGCGCAGCCACACUGGUGAGAGGCCAUUCCACUGCACUCAGUGUGGGGCCUCCUUCACCCAGAAGGGAAACCUGCUUCGCCACAUCAAACUGCACUCCGGAGAGAAGCCUUUCAAAUGCCCGAUGUGCAGCUACGCCUGCCGACGACGCGACGCUCUCAGCGGGCACCUGCGCACCCAUUCUGUAGAGAAGCCCUUCAAGUGCAACCACUGCAGUCGCAGCUACAAGCAGCGGAGCUCCCUCGACGAGCACAGGGAGAGGUGCCAUGUGUACAUUCAGAGCAAAGGUCCCGCCGAGAGAGCAGAGGACAGCCACACAGCCAGGUCUCAGAUGGGCUCAGAGCGCGCGCUGCUUCUCGACAGGCUCGCCAGCAACGUUGCCAAGCGGAAAAGUUCAAUGCCACAGAAGUUCACUGGCGACAACGGGGUCUGCCUGGACCUGAGCUUUAACAGGGAGAUGCUCCACCGAUCUGACAUAAAGGACCCUCUACCUGGCUCACCUGGGCCAGAGGGCCAGCUGCAAACAGUCCUUGCAGGCCCAGAUGGCGACCCACCUCCCACCCACAGACCGUACCCCAUCCCAUUAAACCGCACGGAUAUCAACCCAAUCAGCCUCACCAACGGCCACAAGAUGCCUCUCCUGGGCCUCCCUCACGGAGCACAGCCGCCCCUCAGCAUGGACUCCUUCCACAACGACGCCUCCCAGAUGACCCAGCCUGUCAUGUACAGCCUGGGUCACCUGCUGGGGGGGAUCAAUCACCAGAACGGCGUCCCGCACCCGCACAGCCAGCCCAUUCCGCUGACGCCCCUCGAGGCACUGCGGGUCAUGCGGGCGGACGGAGAGUCCGGGGCGCCGCCCGGAGCGGUGUACCCCUGCGGCCACUGCAGGGUGCUCUUCCUGGACUACGUCAUGUUCACCAUCCACAUGGGAUGCCACGGCUUCCGUGACCCGCUCGAAUGCAACGUUUGUGGCCACCGCAGCCGGGACCGUUACGAGUUCUCCUCCCACAUAGCCCGUGGUGAGCACCGCCUAGAACUCAAGUAGACUGCGUUCAUGCACACAAACGGUCACCUACAUGGAGAUAGACAGCGAUUUAGUCAUACAAGUAGCUGGUAGUAUUAGAAAUGAAAGCAUAAAGUGGCGAAUCUGUCUGUCCUCGGCGUUUGUUAAAGUGUGUGUGAGUAUAGACGUCGUGGGAGUGUGGCGGCUGUUCUUAGUCAUCCAUCUGAAAAGAUGGCCUGUAAAGAGUUAUUGCAGGAGUAUUUCUACUCCUUAGCAUGCAUAUAUUUGUACGUAACGAGGUUGUCUGUUUGCAUAAAGCCGCGUGUUUCCACUCACACAAAGCAGCACAAAAUACUGUAUUUAUGCUGUACCUACUGUUUUAUUUUGUCUGUAUAAAGAUGUAAAAAAAAUAAAAGAGCGGUUCUGUCAUCACACACAAGCUGCAGAGCGUUUAGAGAUGUUCAAGUUUGCCAAUUCUGACUGCAAAAAAAAAACCCAUCCUAUUAUCUCGAAGGUCACAUGUCUCUUUUUUUUAAGGCUGUGGUUUUCAGAGAUCUGCAGUUCACGGCUUCAAAGGACACCACUCUGCACCAUGUGCUGGUUUCUCACUCCAGAAUAAUAUACUCAUUUAGCGUUCCCACGAGGUAGAGAAGCCUCGGUGUUACUGCUCGAAGCGCAGAACCGAAUCAUUUUGUUGCAGCAAGAUAAGGGAAACUAUUCCAGUGCCUUCAAUGUAAAUUAGUUACUGGAUCGUCCCACUGAUGCCUGACGGGUGUCAGAUCUUACACUUGACUAUUUCUAAGAUGAGAAACUGGUUCUAUUUCACAUCAGACGUCUCUCUGGGUCGUCACGAUCUCGGGACGACAUGCUGAGGAGUCUCGGUUUAAAUGAACAGCUAACUUGUUAUUCAGUUAGGAAAGGAUGAGAGAAGAUACACAAAUUAAUUUCAGUCAGCAGUUUCUCCUUCCUCCUCAUUCUCACCUCACCCACAGAACGGAUAGUAACAGUAAUCCCCACAACAUGAUGCUGCCACCAUCAUGCCAGUAAAACUCCAGAUAAUGGGAAUUUAUCUGUGUGCAGGAAAAAAAAAAUGCAUUGAAAAAUUAGGGUUUUGUGGGAAUUUUCAACAUGACACACUUUUAAAAACUUCCGCUGACGACCAAAAUGUGCAGUGGGGAAGUUUUGGUGAACACACACACACGCGUGCACACACACAAAAAAAAAUUGACAAGCCACAGAACUACUUCAUCAUGGCCGUGCGUCGGAUUGCGCGUGCAUGUGGAUGCACUUCGCCCACAUGGCAGUGCAGGAACUUGUUCACGCCUUGCUGGCUUUAAGACCAGAGGAGGGUGUUAGCUUCUUCCAGCUGCUACCUCACUAUCUGUCCUCUCUAUCAGAGCCAGUUCCCCUUUCUCUGUUUGGGUUUGAAGAGAAGUGACACUUGUGAGGCCAAACUGUCUUCACAGCUUCAAUUCCACAUGUCGAGUUAAAAAGCCAAGUCAUUCAUUACAACAGCACGGCUUUGCUGCUUCUCUUUUCCCAAGCACAAGACGAUGAAUUCAAGGCAUUCGUCUUCUGGGUAACGGUACACAAUACCGAGUAAAUAAACUCCUUGACUAAAGCGGAUGUAAUUGCCGGUUCAUGGAAGUAUGAGUGGCAUUUUUAAUGAAGUAACGUGUUUUUGAGUAUUGAAGGGAUGUGCUUAUGCCAAAAAGUCCCAUUCCCAACAUAAAACCCAGGGUCAAGAAGUUGGAGUCGGUACAUUGUCAGAAGAUGUCGGGGUUUUUAGUGACAUCUACUGACUGACACCUGGGACUCACACGAGAUACUCAGAAGAGACGUUUACAAAGCAAAAACGAAACAAAUUAUCUGUGAUGUAGAGCUGGCUAGCUGAAACGGAUGAGAAGACAAGUAGUUUAGGCCCAUUACCCUUUGCUAACGAUACUAGAUGGAAGAUUGGUGAAAGAAAUGAAGUGAAAAGAGCGCCUAUGGUUAUUUAUACUGACUUCCAUCAAACCCAACCUGACCAUGUUCUAGUUUCAAGUUGGGAAACCCUUGGUCGGUUUUUGCGCUCAGUAAUCAGGCAAGCCACUACAAGCACUACAAGCAAUUGGCAAAGUACAUGCCUGUAUAUGCAUUAAAACAAAUAAAGGAAAAUGUUGAUAAUUUUCAAAUGUAUUUUUUGAAUGUGGAAGAUUUAGUUACUUUACUAUGAUUCAAGUACACAGAAUUUUGAGAUGAAGGUCAAUGAGAAUCUUGUUUUUCCUUUUUUUAUUAUUUCUGGUGUUAGGAAGCCAUUUUGCUUAUUUGUCCAACUUGGAUUUUUUUUUUUUUUUUUUUUUACUCCAAGAAUCUAGUUCAAAUAAAUAAGCUUUCUACACUUUUUUUUGUGACAACAAAUGAAAAACAAAUCUAAACUUUUGCUGCUGUAGAGCAAAAGUUGAAUACAAGUUUUUUGUGUAAUGAGUUGUACACAAACAAUUCAUUAUUUUCUUGUGGGGUGCAAUACCUUUCCAAAUAAUUAAAAGGAGAUUAUUAUAAAGUGAAGAAUAAUACAAUUAUACCAGGGAUGCUUGUGUCUAUUGUUUCCCCAUGGAAGCCCUUAAGGGCCAAAAGAAAAAAAAGAUAUUCACUGGUUACUUGUGUGUCAUUUUAGUUAUAGAUGAUG